UUUUUAAUCUACUGAUUCACCUUAGCAAGUAUAUAUAUUUUAUUUAUUUUGAUUACGUUCUAUAACAGAGCAAUUAUUUUUAAUAAUGUAUAAGAGUUUAUUUUUCAAAAUAAAUGAUCUAUGCCGUGUAGCUCAAAGUAAUAUAGUACUGAGGAGAAAUGCUGGUCAUAGUAAAUGGUCCAAUAUUAAGCAUACAAAAGGGGCCAUGGAUCAGCAGAAAGCAUUGACAUUUGCCAGGUUUAGUCGUCAAAUGAAAUUAGCUAUUAGAGAGCAAAAUGAUCCGAAUCCUGAUACAAAUUAUAAAUUAGCAUCAAUCAUUGAAAUGGCAAAAAAGAACAGUAUGCCAAAAGAUACAAUUUUAAAUGCUAUUAAAAUACAUUCAUCUAGCAAAGCAGAACCAAUAUGGUUUGAAAUCAAAGGACCUAGGGGUUCAAUCUUUCUUAUCCAAGCUUUAACGGAAAAUCCAAGACUUAUGAAACAAAAUUUAAAUACUUUAAUUCGGAAAUCAGGUUUUUCAUACUGUGAUUCCGGGGCUAAACACUUAUUCAUUCACAAAGGUAUCAUUAUAGCAAAACCAUCUCAAGAUAUAAAAAAUGCUGACGAUGAAUGUAUAGAACAUGCUAUAAAUGCUGGUGCAGAAGAAGUUGAAAUUAUAGAUGAUGAUUUAAAACCUGGAUAUUUUAAGUUUGUUUGUGAUCCAAAUAUAAUCAAUAAAGUUCAAACAAACCUAGAAAAAUUUAAGUAUGAUGUUAUACAUGCGGAAGAGGAACACUUGGCCAUUCAAAAGGUGUCAUUAAAUGAAUUAGAAUAUGAACAUAUAACUAAAUUUAUCAACCAAGUAGAAGCUUUACAAGAUGUUAUUCAUGUUUAUGAUAAUUUAAAUUAGUAUCAAAUUAUUUUAUACAAUUUUGUUAAUAAAUAUAAAUUAUUUAAGUGGCA